AUGGCCUAUGUGAUGACCGUAGAGGACCACUACAACGCGAGUGUGUCCUACCACAACAGUCUGCGUGGAGCAGAUGUCACGCAGUCCACUCAUGUCCUGCACUCCACGCCUGCCCUCAAAGGGAAGGCUUUCAACAAGAGUGAGAUGCGAAUGGAAAAGGGAUGGAGGGUUUUUCAGGUCCUGGUCAUUGUUGUGCUAGCAGUCUUUGGAACAGAUGCCCAGAGGGCAGGCUGUAAAAAUGUUCACUAUGACUUGGUGUUCAUCUUGGAUACCUCGUCCAGUGUGGGCAAGGAGAAUUUCGAGAAAGUCAGACAGUGGGUGGCCAACAUUGCGGAAUCAUUCGACAUCGGGCCAGAGAAGACACGGGUCGCUGUCGUCCGCUACAGCGACAGACCCACUACUGAGUUCAACCUUGGGAGAUACAAAACACUGGAGGAUGUAAAGAGGGCAGCAAGGAACAUCAAAUACCUGGGAGGAAACACCAUGACUGGGGAUGCCAUCAGUUACAUAACCAGCAACGUUUUCACUGAGAGGGCAGGGGCCCGGCCUCCUGACCACGGUAUCCAGAGAGUGGCUAUCCUUAUGACAGAUGGCAGGAGCCAGGACUAUGUCCUGGAGCCAUCUAAGGCUGCCCACCAGGCUGGGAUUAGACUUUUUGCAGUGGGUGUUGGGGAGGCGUUGAAGGUGGAGCUGGAAGAGAUCGCUUCAGAGCCCAAGAAUGCCCAUGUUUUCCACGUGUCUGACUUCAAUGCUAUAGACAAGAUCCGAGGAAGGCUGAGGAGGAGGCUCUGUGAAAAUGUGUUGUGUCCAAACAUGAAGGUACAACCAGAUCGCUUCAAGCCCAACAGCACCAGCGCUGGCCUGCAGGAGGUCCCAGGGUUUGACCUCAUGGAAUACUUCAGUGUGAAAGAACUUUUGGGGACGAAAUUUGAACCGGGCCAAAGCUCAUAUGUGCGCCUGGGAACCAUGCCCAUUGUUCAGCAAACCGAAGACGUGUUUCCUCAGGGCCUCCCGGACGAAUACGCCUUUGUCACAACAUUUAAAUUCAGAAAGACAUCCAGGCGAGAAGACUGGUACCUCUGGCAAAUCUUUGACAAGUAUGGGAUCCCACAGGUGUCCAUCCGGCUGGAUGGUGAGAACAAGGCGGUGGAGUACAACGCUGUAGGGCUCACCAAGGAUGCUGUCAGGGCUGUCUUCAAGAACCCUGAAGUCGACAGCCUCUUUGACCGCAACUGGCACAAGAUUGCACUCAGUGUCCAGUCCAAGUCGGUGUCCCUCUAUCUGGACUGCAAGCAUUUGCAGACACUGCCCAUUGAAGACAGGGAAGACAUCGAUAUUCAAGGAAGGACAGUCAUUGGAAAGAGGCUCUAUGACAGUGUGCCUGUGGACUUUGACCUCCAGAGGAUGGUCAUAUACUGUGACUCCAAGCAUGCUGAGCUGGAGACGUGUUGCGAUCUCCCCUACGGGCCUUGUUCGAGGAACGUGGUGACAGAGGCUCCCCCCGUCGAGAUUCCCGCUCCCACCCCUAAAAGCAGUGAGCAGCACGGCGGUCCUAAAGCGGUCAACUGCACGUGCCCUGCAGGGGACAGGGGAGAAACUGGUCCACCUGGACGUGAAGGCCCCAAGGGUGAAAAGGUCCUAAAAUUUUCUCUGGUUUCGGGUGACACUGGGAUUCAGGGUCCAGCUGGACCGCCUGGCCUCAAAGGACAGAAAGGAGAUCCUGGCAGAGCUGUUUCUGUCAAAGGUGACAGAGGUGAAAAGGGUGGUGAGGGUGUGAAGGGUGAAUCGGGACAGAGGGGAGACAAAGGGGACAAGGGAUCACCAGGACUACCAGGUCUCAGUGGGAAGAAGGGGGAGAGAGGAGAACAAGGCGACUUUGGAGAAAAGGGUUUCACUGGGCUACCCGGGCCUCUUGGUCCAAAGGGAGUGCAGGGGGAUGCGGGACUUCCUGGAACACCCGGCCCCAAAGGUGUGACUGGUGAUAGGGGCUUCAAGGGAGACAAAGGAGAACAGGGAAGAAGGGGAGAUCCCGGCCUGGACGGAUUACCGGGAAAGCCUGGCGUUCCAGGAAAAGAUGGACUCAGGGGACUCAUUGGACUUCCUGGUGUCAUUGGACCCAAGGGAGAAAAGGCUAUAACCAGCUACAGGAAGCCAGUAGAGGGAGAUGAGGAGGGGAAGUACAUGGGCAUGAUCUGA